CAUACGUGUGUGCUUGAGGCUUAAUCCUACUGUAUGGCUGGACUCUUAACGGGGACUAGACGCUCAUUCUCUCCCUGAUUGGCAGGACUUUCGCCUCGGCGCUUUGAACUGCUCCAUCCAUUCUCAUGUGGGAGGAACUAGGUCUAGGGUAGCACGGCGUACCGACGCCCUCUGGCCAUAGCGAGCGAGUCCUAGCAGCACACAAAUGGGGUGUGCACAGAGUACUCCGGUUGACCAGCCGGCGCGGCAGCAGCCGCAAGCAACGCAGCAGAAGUCUGUGGAGCCUGCGGUGGUGAAGAAGCCAGUCGAGCCAGCAAGGGUCGAGCCGAAGGUGGAGGUGCCCAGCACUAAGCCCUCGGAGGUACCGCACGUAGAGAAGGCACAGAGCAUUAAUCGAGGGCAGCCUGGCGAUGGCUCAGGGCCGCUGCAGCAGCCGUCGCCCGCAAUGCCCGGAGCAAAGCAGGGCGGAACAAAGGAGCGUCGUGCGGCGGCGGGUUCGGAGGCUGUAAGAGAUCAAAUUAGGAAGCUUGCGGUCGGUGGGCCGCAAGCCAAGGAGGAGAAGGAGAAGAUUUACGAGGUCAGCGACUCAGAGGAUGAGGAGCUGGAGGACGACCCAAGCGAGAGGACCACACUCUCUGGCGACUGGUACAAACCCCAGGAGGUGACGGACGCCAUUCUGGAGGCCCUCAAACGCAACUUUGUGUUUAAAGGCAUUCCGCAGAAUCACCUGGUGGAGGUGGUGGGCCGCAUGUACGGCAUCAGCUUCAAGUCGGGCGCGGUGGUGCUGCAGCAGGGCGCGCUGCCCAAACAGGACGACUGCAUGUACUACCUGCAGCAGGGCGAGGCGGAGGUGGUGAUUAGUGGUGGAGCAGAUGCCUCUAAGAACCACGGAGAGGAGCGCAAGGUGGACGGCCACACCGUGCGCAUCCCGCAGAAGCCCGGGUGGCUGUUCGGUGAUGUGGCGCUGCUGUUCCACUCGCCGCGUACCGCCUCGGUGGUGGCGAAAACCAACAUCACAGUCUGGGCCAUGGACCGGAGAACGUUUUUGAAGUUCGUGAUGAAGCAUGCGCAGGGUGCGCGCGCGCUGCGCUUCCUGCGCAAGCUGCCGCUGCUGAAGGGUCUGUCGGAUAACGACCUGAUCCGCGCGGCGUCGCGCAUGCCCCAGCGCAUGUACGAGGACGGGCAACCGCUGAUCCGCAUCGGCGAGCGCGGUGAUGAGCUCUUCCUGAUUCGCUACGGCAAGGUGCGCGUCUUCCGCCCCGACGGCAACGGCGGGCGCGUGGAGGUGGCAGUGCUGGGCCGCGGCCAGUUCGUGGGUGAGCGCGCCGUCAUCAACGACAAGCUGCGCAGCGCCGAUUGCGUGGCUCAGGGCCAGGUGCAGGUGGUGGUGCUGAAGAAGCGCGAGUUCAUGGACCUGGACAACCCGCUGCUGGCGUGGAUGCUCGACUACGACGCCGUGUCGGCGGUCAUCCGGUCGCUGCCGCAGUUCAAGGGGUUGAAGCAGGAGCAGAUGGAGAACAUCCUGGACCGCUUCGACGCGCGCGAGGAGCUGAUGCAGGGCGACACCAUUCUCAACCAGGGCGACAUGCUGGAGAAGCUGUACGUGGUGAAGAUCGGCGAGAUUGCGCUGUUCCGCAACGACGAGCGCGUGGAAGACCCCAACUUUGUGCACGAAAUCGCCGGCUUCAGCUACUUUGGCGAGACGGCCAUCACGCAGACGGGCAAGUGCCCAUACACCAUCCGCGUGGCGUCGGAGUCGCUGCACCUGCUGUCGCUGCCCAAGCGGCAAGUGGACUCGUUCAUGGGCCGCGACACGGGGCUUAAGAACGAGGAGGCGGUGGUGGCGGCGCUGAAGAAGUCCAAGUUCCUGGCCAACAUGACCGACCCCGAGUUCAAGGAGCUGCUCAAGGCGUGCGAGCAGACCGACUACAACCCCGGCGAGGUGAUUGCGGUCGCCAACAGCUCGGUGACCAACAAGAUCUUCCUGGUGAAGAGCGGCGAGGUCAUGGUGGUGGCAGCAGACCUAGCGCUGCCGGACACCGGCGAGGUGGACGUGCGCAAGUUGACGGGCAGCGAGCGGCAACGGCUGCUGGCGGGCAGCAUAUUCAACGACAAGGCGCUCAACAGCCCAGAGACGGCGUCGCUGGAGGCAUCCCUGGUGGCGGGCACGCCCUGCGGCAUCAUCACCUUCACCACGUCGGAUGUGGAGAGGGUGAUGGGCGGCCGCGCCAUGAGCCGCAGCCGCAACGCGAUGCCGGGCGCCGCCGCUGCGGUGGAGGAGCGCAAGUUCCCGCGCGUCAAGUUCACGGAGCUGGAGUUCCACCGCAUCAUCGGCACGGGGCAGUUCGGCCUGGUGCGCGUGGUGCGCAACAUCAAGACAAACGAGGUGUACGCGCUCAAGGUGAUGCACAAGGCGCCCAUCGUGGAGUCCAAGCAGAUCGAGCACGUGAUCAACGAGCGCAAGAUUCUGGAGGAGGCCUGCACGCACCCCUUCUGCGUGCGCCUGUGCGGCGCGUACCAGGACAAGGCGAGCCUGUACCUGCUGCAGGAGUGGGUGCCGGGCGGCGAGCUGUUCCACCACCUGGACGUGGAGGGUGCGUUCGACGAGCCCACCGCCAUGUUCUACGCCGCCAACGUGCUGCUGGCGCUGGAGUUCCUGCACGCCAAGGGCAUCGUGUACCGCGACCUGAAGCCCGAGAACCUGCUGCUGGACACCCAGGGCUACAUCAAGAUGGCUGACUUUGGCUUCGCCAAGUACAUUGGUGGUGACAAGACCUAUACCAUCUGCGGUACGCCCGACUAUCAGGCUCCCGAGGUGAUCAUGCGCCGUGGCACCACCAAGGCCGCCGACUACUGGGCGCUGGGCGUUCUCAUCUUCGAGAUGCUCGUUGGCGACCCGCCCUUCAAGUCGCUCACCGGCGACCCCUGGGACACCUUCCGCCGCACCCUGUCCGGCCGUUUCUACGUGCCAAACUUCAUUUCGGACCAGGCCGCCGACCUCAUCUUCAAGCUGCUGCAGGUCAACCCCGACAAGCGCCUCGGCAGCGACAAGCGCCUUGGCGCGGAGGAGAUCAAGCGGCACCGCUGGUUCAGCCGCAUCGACUGGAGGGCGCUGGAGCAGAAGAAGCUGCCGUCGCCGUUCCGGCCUCGCGUGCGCAACCCACUGGACACUUCCAACUUCGACAACUUCGACAAUGUGGACCUGGAGCCGCCACCCGUGCCCGCCGACCGCGCGGAGAAGCACAGCCAGCAAUGGGAGUUGUGGGACUGGAUCGACGACAGCAAGUAAGGCGCUGGUGCCGCCGCAAGCAGCAGGGGCCCAGCAUCAGGUAGAGGCGGAGCAGGUGGCACGGAGCUGCUGGAGGGCAGCAGCGGUUUGGGUGAUGGGGUAGCAGCAGGGCGAAGUGCAUAGCCUGCCGGACAGUGCUUGGGAACCGCCAAUGACUGUCGGCCUCGCUGCGUGCGUCCCAACCUUUGAGCUGAUCCUAGUAAUUGAGGAUGCGCAUGUUACAUGUUAUUGGCAGCAUGCUGCUAGCAGUGAAGGACACCGUAUGACCGCGGCGGGCAGGGUAAAACCACGUUGGUCAGCACUGGUGUGUGCUGGCACCGUAUGACCGCGGCGGACGAAAGCGUUCGCGCAUAAGGGCAUGGGAUUGCUCACACUUGGCGCUGGAGAUGGGGCUAGCUGGCGGACGAAGCAGCAUGCUGCCUGUUGCCAGCAUUUUGUCUAUCCGCCGAUAUAUUGCAGUUUGCAUGGGGUCUCGGCCUGCUCAGGCGCUACGCUGUGGUAGUGGUGAGCACGGGGCGAUGGGGUUGAAUGGCAAUGGCCGCAAUGAUCUGGAGCGCAUCGGCGCUUGAUUAUUGACUACGGUUUGGGACAGUGACCUGGGGCAUUCCGACGGGACAAUAUGUCACUGGCUACGGCAAGUGCGCCAGUCCUGCGGCGUGCUCACGUCGGAUUAGGGAACUGGGGCACGCCGCCGGCUUCUCUGAACAUUAAUUUGUGCGGAUUCGUGGUUGUGGCGUCCGAUUGCUGCUGGCAGGUACCACCGGACAGAAGUGGACGUAGUACGGUAUGCAAAUGCCCGGCCUGUGGCAGUCUUUCCGCGUGACACAUGGACGCCUGCUCAUGCUGAUGCGGGACAGCGACCUUGCCGCAACUAGGUCCAGUUCGCGGGAUGGGACAGAGUGAUGCACGCACGACAUGGUAUGCUUCAGUGGCACGGCCGGAAAGGAAUAGCGCACACCAAGUGGCCGGUGUGCGCGGACUAGCGCGAGGAGGCUGUUAUUCGGUCACAUCUCCGGGGCAGCACCGUGUAAGCGAGGCCUGCA